UGAUGCAUGCUGUAGUUAAGGGGUUAGCUUAUUUGGUUACCUUCUUCCUUCCUUCCUUCCUUCCAUCUUCUCUCACACUCGCACACAGAGAAGCAGAAAGGGUUUUAGGGUUUUACAAUGGAUAGAUACCAAAAAGUAGAAAAACCGAAGCCAGAAUCACCCAUAAAUGAGUACGAGAUUCGAAUCACUUCACAGGGUUUGGUUCGAAACUACAUCAACUAUGCUAAUACUCUUCUUCAGGAGAGGCAUGGGAAAGAGAUUGUCUUGAAAGCAAUGGGUCAGGCAAUUAGCAAAACAGUUGCUAUAGCGGAGAUCAUCAAGAGAAGAAUGCCUAUACUUCAUCAAGACACUGCUAUCAGCUCAGUAAGCAUAACAGAUGUAUGGGAGCCGAUUGAAGAGGGCCUUUUGCCUGUGGAGCAGACCCGCCAUGUUUCAGUGAUCUCAAUCACGUUGUCAACACAAGAGCUGAACAAAAGUUCCCCUGGGUAUCAAGCUCCUUCUGAGGUUGAACAGAUGAAGCCACGGUAUAAUAAUUACCAGCCCCAGCUGCAGCAACAGUCUCCAAGACAAACACGUGGAGUCUAUUAUGCUGGUAAUGAAGAUUCAUAUGGGCGAGGACGAGGUCGUGGUAUAGGGAGGGGACGUGGUUGGAGCAGAGGUGGAUAUGGAAACUAUCAAGAAAAUGGUGAUUACUCAAACUGGGGUCGAGAAAAUGAUGGUUACUCAAACCGCGGUCGAGAAAAUGGUGGUAUCUCAAACCGGGGCCGAGGAAAUGGUGGUUACUCAAACAGGGGCCGAGGAAAUGGUGGUUACUCAAACCGGGGCCGAGGAAAUGGUGGUUACUCAAACUGGGGGGGAGAAAAUGGUGGUUACUCAAACUGGGGCAGUGGAAAUGCUGGUUACUCAAACAGGGGCCGAGCAAAUGGUGGUUACUCAAACAGGGGCGGAGAAAAUGGUGGUUACUCAAACAGGGGCCAAGGAAUUGGUGGUUACUCAAACUGGGGCGGGGAAAAUGGUGGUUACUCAAACAGGAGCAGAGGAAAUGGUGGUUACUCAAACUGGGGCCGAGGUGGGGGCCGCGGUGGAUGGGAAGAUCGUGACUCUGGAUAUGGAGGAGGCAGAGGUUAUGGACGUGGACGCGGACGCGGACGCAUGGACCUCCGUCCUCAAGGUGGUGGCAACCAGGCUUAGUAGGGGAUUGGCACAUUGUGUUUUUGCACAGAUGCCUUGGUUUAGUAGUUAUUGUGUCCAAAGUAGGUCUAAAGAAAGAAAAGCAUGAAAUUGUGGGUUGUUGUUUCAUAUGCAGUGAUUUUAUUGUUUUUCAGCAUCGUGGAAUGUGGAAAAGCUUAUAUCCUCUAUUUGCUUUAAAUGAAGCCAAAGUCAAGUAGCCAAUUUCUCACAAUGGUUGCUUAUUAGUAUUUAUCGUUGCUGUAUAUGUAUAUCUUAAAUUUUUUCCCCUUU